AUUGAAUGGAAAAGCCUUGCAAAUUAUCCGUGGCUCCCAGGUCUGAUUUGGCCAUGCGAACAGUCUGACUGGGGAUGCAUUGACGACCCAUUCGGCCUACCCUGUCCUGACACGUCCAAACGCUGCCCAGCUGCCCUACUUGUGACGUGUUGCCAGGGUAGGAUCACUCGCAGACCAUGGCGACUUGACCAAGAGCAGACAGACUGGUUUGGUGCAGUCGGACAGACUGUCGACAUCGCAUCGGCCCGACUGCCCACGAGCUGCACUCUUCGCCCGCCCGGUCGUCAGACCGCCAGAACCCUGCGGGUCGUAGUGAACUGUAUCCGGCCAAUAGGUCGGUUCGUCUGUCUCCUCGUCUCCUUACGAGGUGUCCUCAUGGGGUUUCCGCACCAGAUCGGGCAUGGAGGCACGGCAACCUCGGCCCGCAUCGACCCAUUCCUUCCACGAGGCCUUGGCCAGAGGCUGGAGGGUUUCAUGUCCGCGAAUUGUCGAACUGUUAGCCUGUGUCUGCAGUCUGGGAGGAUGCGCACAUGUCAGCCUAUGCUGGUGUCUGUACCUGCGUCGACAAGCGUGCGGCCGAGUGCAGAAACCUAUGCUCGGUCGCUGGGCCCCGGGUGCAUCUUCGCAGACCUGCCGCUUAUGCUUGGCCUGUCCUUUCGCGGCACCUUCAACACCCUCGACGAGAUACUGACUCGGCGUCAGCUCGAGGCGUCGGCGCCCGACCCUCUUCGAAUCCUUCGAGCCUUCGAGCCGCGUCAGGAGCCCGUCUGCUCGUUUCCGGUACCUCACGCCGAGUCUAUUCUCGUCGCGGUCGCCGUGGAAGUCGGAACUCAGCCGCCCUAA